AUAAAGAGGAAGAGGAUGAGAGAGGGAAGGAAAUGUGAUUAGAAAGGUAGAGAGUAGAAGAGAGGGAGAUUGGGAGUAAGGGAAAAGUACAAUUGAGAAAAAGAAAAAAAAGUUAGAGGGGUGAGAGAGACAGACAACAUCUUUAUCAUCGGCAGGGAAACACAGGCUGCUACUCCUGCAUAAACAUUGCAUAACAUUCAGCGGAUGUUUGUUAAGUGCCCAUUAAACGACACUGGACUGCCUCAGUUAGAUGGACUUAACCGUAGCAUUAAAACUCCCAGAGUCCUUCUUACCUAAGAAGCGUGUUAACUGAAGAAUUCUGCCCUGUACUUCUGCUAUCACUGUUCACAUCUAGAUACAUGUCAGAUAGAUACAUGUCAGAUAGAUACAUGUCAGAUAGAUACAUGUCAGAUAGAUACAUGUCAGAUAGAUACAUGUCCCCUGGCCCCCGUCACAUGCUGAGCAUGCAGAAACACACUUUUCAUGAGGGAGAAUGAACAUCUAGCCAUCAGCACAUAACAUGCUGCUCACUGGGUGCCCAUCUGCCAAGGAUACAACAAUCUAUCUCCAGUAGCAUCUUCUGAAAGACGCCUAGUCUGUAAAUGUCUGGCUACGGUAUGUUUCCCGUCCAGCUAACAUGUACCUAAGCUAGACACCAGCUCAGUCUCUGUCAUGUGAAGAUGAUCUCCUUCUUCAAUCUUUCUGAUAUUAACAAACACACGGACGCCUCGACUCUCCCUCCUCGCCACCAUGCUGCCAUGGAAACAGGACUCACAGAUACACAGGCUGUGGUUGUUCAAGUGUGUGUCUGUGUGCCUGAGCACAAACUGAACCCCCCCUCCUCCAAGGAUACACAGCGGGAGACCGACACAUCCUCCCUAACAACGGCUUCCCCGAGGAACCCUCGCCCCGACACACCGUCUCAGGUAACGUGAGCGCCAACGUCACGUUAGCUACCUGCUGACUGGACCGAGGGGCGGGCUGGAGCCGACACAGCCAGGGAGAGGGGCUGGCUGGCAGGGGGAGAGGCCAGGAGUGGAUGGGCUGGCUCUAACCAGGGAGGGGCAAAGGGAGGAUCAGCACUGUGGGUGGUCCAUCGACGCUGGCGCUGAACGCUCAGAUCAACAUGGGGAUGUACUGUGUAGGUCCUACGCUGCAGAGCGGUUAGCUGGAAAUGGGAUGAACUGCACAGGUGUUUCAGCUGGUGAAUUUGCUUAUUCAUGGGGGAAAUCCUCCCUGGUUGGUCGAUACAGCGUCAGGGAUUAGACAGCCGGAGCCAUGUCAGAUAAGAGCAUGUCCAACAGCAUCGUAGUAAGCUUCCCAGCACGCUGACACCAGGACAUCAGGCUAGCGGGUUAGCAGUGUACCAGGAUGGAGGAGGCUGUGUCCCUGCUCUACGCAGCCCUGAUGGUGCUCUCCAGCCUGGGCUCCAUCUGCGGCAACCUGCUCCUCCUCCUGGUUCUCCUCCUCAACAAGGAGCUCCAGACAGACACCUGGGGCCUGACUCUGAGCUUCAGCCUCAGCGACCUGGCCCUGGGCCUCUCCACCAUCCCCUUCGGGGCCCACAACAGCCUGUUCCGCCCCGACGGCUACCCGGACGACGGAGCCCUCUGCCAGGGCAGCGGCUUCCUCUACCUCCUGCUGCAGCUGGCCUCCAUCCACUCCCUCACCUGGGCCACCAUCGACAAGUUCACGGAGAUCUGCUUUGCGCUGAGUUACGCCUCCAUCUGCUCUCUCCGUCGGACCAGACUGGUGCUGGUCCUGGUCUGGUUCUACUGCCUGCUCAACGCUGCCCUGCCACUCCUGGGAUUCGGCAGGUACAGCUACAGCAAGACCAGGUUCAUCUGCGCGCCCAGCUUUGAGCACUCCAACCAGGGCUUUAACAUGCUCUUUAUAGUGGUGGGGAUCAUUGCCCCCACGCUCGUCAUGUGCUCCCUCUAUGGUUACAUCGUCUUCAUCGCCAGGAAGCAGGUCCGCAGGGGCACGUUCGUCUGCAACGACCAGCACUGCUUCUACGUACCGGCUAACACCUAUUUCAAGAGUUCCAUCGUCAUGGUGGCAACCUCAGUGUGCCUGCUGGUGUGCUGGUUGCCCUACAUCUGCCUGUGCUUCUAUGAGACCUUCUCAGGCAGCGAGGGUCCCGAGACGGCCUCUGCCAUGGCCACCUGGCUGGUCCUCUUCACCGCAACACUCAACCCCUGGAUCAACUCCAUGACACAGGCGAGGUACAGGGCUGCCCUGAGGAGAAGCCUGGCUAAGCUGCAUCAGGCACUCCAAUGCCAGAGGAAGACCUCUCGUCCCCAGAGCACCGCGCUCCACCUGGAGGUGGUCACCAGCAGGCCCAAGACCUCCUUAGUGGGACCACCGUCUGAGAACGAGGCCAUGACGCCUCAGACGGGGCCAGGGGACACGAGGGGGAUGAGUCACCCAGACGCGGACAGGGAGUCUCCCGCGCCCCGUCUCUGCCACAUAGUGGAGGUGAACGAGGACAGGGACACUGAGGGGAGCGAGGACAGAGAUGGGGCCACGGACUCCACAUCCCAGCCUCACAGUCCAACAGUGGAGAUCCCUGGACAGACUGACACAGACACAGAGGCUGUGCCCACACACAGGACUGUCCCUCAGCAGAGGAACACACCAUAGAGCCAACACAGACAGGGACUUUCCCUGAGCCCUGACGGACCAUGGAGGAUCUACUCUGAAGACUUCAGAGAAGGACUACGUCUAAUCCCACUUAGGGAUCUCUUCAAACCAACAGGCUCCAUGCGGCUCUGUCUGUUUGGAUUUUUGGGUAGUUUCAAUUCCCAUACUGUUCAUAAUGUUCGAGGCAAGGUUCUAACCGUUUAUAAGUUAAUAAAAUGAAGGCUUCUAUAAUUUCACCUAAAAAAAAAAAAAAAAAAAAGACUGUUCUCUGUGGCAUCUUUGGUCAUUUUGACCACUUGUUGGUGUACGUUCUCAUUUCCCUGACAAGGGCGCCACCUGGUGGUGGAGCGACACAAACACAGCUCCAGCAGGAGGUCACAUGUGGUAUAGGUCUGGGCUUAGUGGCAAUUAAGACUUGGCUUUAUGACUUUAUGACUUCCUAUUAUCAUAUCGUCCAUGUAACAAUACUACUUUGCUAUCUGGCAAUAACAAACUGCAACGCCAUACUCAGCUCAACAGGGCUCUGCAGCUAGGGAGUGGCUUCUGGGAGAGUCGACUUUCCAGUUGUUGCAUGCCUGCACUGCAGGGGAGGCCACGUGUGUUGACACGAUACUGUCCUGGCGCAUCAGAUACUCUACUGAGUAACAGGUCUAGCAGCUGUGUGCGUGUGUGCCAUGGCGGAACAACAGGUUGAACAAGUGUGUUGGUGUGUGAAGUGUGUGUCAG